UUCGGGUCAUUUCAGUACACAGAGGCAGCGGGCUGUUUCAGGUCACCGUGCGCUGAGAAGUGAAAGUACAGUUGUCGCCAAAAUGGCUUGUCGAAUGCUCCUCCGAACUUGCAGAACUCUCCAAUUAGCCAGAUAUAAUGUCCCCUUGAGAUUGCCACAACGGGCGGUGACUUCGGGGAAAGGAAUACCGACAGAUGACGAGCAGGCAGCAGGUCUGGAGAGGCGCAUUCUGCAAGCGCUCAAAAAAGGCCAGGACCCCUUCAGCAUACUGAGGCCAAAGAAAUACGCUGGAACCAAAGCUGACCCACACAUUGUCCCCGGCAUUGCGAAGAAGCGCAUGGUCGGCUGCCUGUGUGAGGAGGACAACACGGCCAUCGUGUGGUUCUGGCUCCACGAGGGGAACCCUCAGCGCUGUCCCUCCUGCGGCUCUUACUACAAGUUCGUCCACCACGAGUUGCCUCACUAAACGACCCCUACGACCUCUCACCUUUGACCCCCUGAGGCCUGGACCAUAGCACCAAAGAGGGAGGGAGAGGAAGCCUCCUACAUACCGUAGCCUACCUACAGCGACCCCACCUCCUGCUGUGUCCACUCUAAAAGAAUGUAUAAUGUACAGUGUCCUUCAUUAAACGGUUGAAACACCA